AUGGCCCUGGACAACCUCACCUCCGCCCCCCAGUUCCUCCUCCUCGGCCUGAUGGACAGCACAGACCCCCACCCGCUGCUGUUCCUGCUCUUCCUUGGCAUCUACCUGCUCAACGCCCUGGGCAACCUGAGCAUGGUGGCGGCGGUGCGGUCCGACGGGGCCCUCCGCUCCCCCAUGUAUUACUUCUUGGGUCACCUGAGCCUCGUGGACGUCAGCUUUACCACGGUCACGGUCCCCAGGCUGCUGGCCAGCCUGCUCCACCCGGGCCAGCCCGUGCCCUUCGGGGAGUGCUUUGCCCAGAUGUACUUUUUCUUGGCUCUGGGCAUCACCGAGAGCUACCUCCUGGCAGCCAUGUCCUAUGACCGCGCGGUGGCCGUCUGCCAGCCCCUGCACUACCCCGCGGUCCUGACGCCCGGGCGGUGCAAGGCGCUGGUGGCCGCGUCCUGGGCCCUGUCCCAGCUGCACGCGCUGCUGCACACGCUGCUCCUCUCUGCGCUCUGCUACCCGCGCACCUCUUCUGUGCGCCACUUUUUCUGCGACAUGACGGUGAUGCUGAGCUUGGCGACUUCGGACACCACCGCCCCGAAGGCUGCCAUCUUCUCCGAGGGCCUGGCCGUGGUGCUGACCCCGCUGCUCCUCGUGUCUCUCUCCUACGCGCGCAUCCUGGUGGCGGUGCUGGGAUUGCGGUCGGCGGGGAGCCGGCGCCGCGCCUUCUCCACCUGCGGGGCCCACCUGGUGGUGGUGUCGCUCUUCUUCGGCUCUGUCCUCUCCGUCUAUUUCCGGCCAUCGGCUGCCUACUCGGCCCGCUACAACCGCCUGGCCAGCGUGGCCUACGCGGUGCUCACCCCGACCCUGAACCCUUUCAUCUACAGCCUGCGCAACAAAGAGGUCAAGGGCGCCCUUAGAAGGAUGCUCAGACGGAGGGCUGCACCCUGA